UUUAACAGCAGAGAGGAGCAGCUACUGACUGACUGGAUACUGAGCUCUUCUGUCUCUAUAGUUCUGUCUUAUUUUUCUUUUACGAGCAGUUAAAAGAUCUUUUUGUCGUUUUGGAUUUUUUUGAGAGUUUUAUAUAAAAGCACAGAAGAAAGAUGGGACCUCGCACAGCAGUCGCUCCCUCUAAAGAGAUAAAGGCAGAGGCAGCAGGAGCAGGUGGAGGCCGAUGUGGAGGUCAGGGAGGAGGCCGGCUGAGGAGCAGCAGUGAUGGAAGCAGAUACAGCAGGAGAGGAGUUGGCCUUUCUGCUAACUCCUCCUCCUCCCCAGUGCUGUACAACCCCAAAUCAGUCCUAAAGAGACCAGUGAGCACAGAGGAGCUGCAAACACCAGGAGGACCUUACAUGAAGAAAACAUUCACAAUUGUGGGCGAUGCGGUCGGCUGGGGCUUUGUGGUCAGAGGAAACAGGCCGUGUCACAUUCAGGCUGUGGAGCCCUGCGGCCCAGCUGCUGCUGCAGGGAUGAAGGUUUGUCAGUUUGUGGUUUCGGUCAACGGUCUCAAUGUUCUCAAUCUGGACUACCGGACCGUCAGCCACCUAAUCCUAACGGGACCUCGAACCGUGGUGAUGGAGGUCAAUUUGGACGUGGGAGGACAGAAGUUGCCUGGUUAAUGGGAAGACAACAGGAGGGUUAAAGAUGCUAUUUAAAACUCAUCGCUUCAUCUUUGAAAGAGACUUUUCCUCAAAGGAUUUUGCUUGCGCUUUUCUUAUCGUCAACAAAUCUCAUCUGCUAACGUACUAUGUGUACUCUGUGUGUGUAUCCAUAGUCUGAUAUAUUUUAUUCCUCUGUGGUAUAGUACAAAAAAUAUAAAAAAACACAUCAAUAAGCCACUGCACUGGGUUCCUUCAUUAUAAAGAGAGUUGGGUCUGUUUACAGAGCUUUAUUAGUCUAUUGUGCUACAUAUCACAACCUGUUGACUUUGCACUAAAAUCCUCUGAGAAUUCUAUAAUAUAGUACAAAAUCAAGAGGCUGUGAUAUGUGAUAUGUGGCACAACAAGCUAGGAAAGCUUUGAAAACAGAACUACCUUCCUGCACAUGCUCAGUGACGUUAUAGUGCCUUACACAGAACUACUCUCCAGAGACUGAAAACCUGAUCGCUAUUAUUAGUCUUUGGAGCGGUGUGGUUCAUUGAUAGUUUAUGGACAACAAUGGAGGUCUAUGGCACAGAGGUGUAACAUAUAUCAGGUGUUAGAUACACAUAUUACUAUUACUUGUUAGUAGAUCAGUUCUUUGUUGGUUUGGAUCGAAACAUGUAAUUUGUUGGCAAUAGUAAAAAUAUAGAAGAUCGCCUGCUAUAAAUAAUGAUCUGCCAGGCACAGAUAAGCUUUCAUGAACUGGAUGACUUACUUAUACUCAGUGAUGAUGGACAUGAAAUAGAUGUACAUAUAUAUAUAUAUUUAUAAAGUAAAGAUGAUUUUAUGAUUAAGGUGUUUUCGAACACACCUGCUUCGUGUUGUCUCAGAAACCGAUCCUGGAGGUAAUCAUCAUCAUGUUGUUGACGUCACUCCAACAGUCGGUGUGGACUUUUAACCCCAUGCGCCACCUCGCUGCCUCCCUCACACACAAUAACACACAAUAACACAUUACCUGCACGCAUCACAGAGGCAUUCACACACACACACACACACACACACACACACACACACACACACACAUGCCCCUCCCUCGACUGUGUUUACUUUUCCAUCGCUCCUUCCAACGUCUGAUUCCCAGAAAGGAAGGGAAGACUGUGAGGAAGCAAACUUGAGCUGAAGUGCUUUGUUUUCACGUCUCUCUUUCUGUAUUCCUUUUACCUUUUAUACACUUAUUUUAUGAUGGUUUUGUGUGUGUGUGUGUGUGUGUGUGUGUGUGUGUGUGUGUGUGUGUGUGUGUGUGUGUGUGUGUGUGUGUGUGUGUGUGUGUGUGUGUGUUUGAGAGAGACAGAGAGAAAGAGUUUUUAGGAAUUAAUUUCUUUUUCUUGUGUGUAGUCGGCUGCAGAUUUGAUAAAAGCUCUCAGCGGGGAGCGUUUUGCUCUCUGCGGGGGAUUCUGCAGACAGAGUGAGUCUCCGGGCUUUUCUUCCAUCUUCACUGGUGGUUUUCAUAAAGGCAGCGAGUGGAAAAUCAUGGUCGAAUAUUCUUUUAAAAUACUGGGUACUGAUAUCAUUGCUGCAAGGAUUUUCCUUUAAGAAAUUAAAUUAUAAAAGUCUCACUUUCCUUUCCUAGAGAGUAAGCCUUUUAGAGGCUUAUAAGCAAUAAAUCAAGCCCUACUUAAAUAUGUAUUUAUAUAACUUGUAUGUAUUAUGGUUUUUAAUGAGUUGCUUUAAGACACUUUUUUGCCUGUAUUUUGUUUUAAUUUGAAUGUUAAAGUACUUUGGGCUUCAUUUCUCAUGAAAAAUAUGAAUAAAAUAUAA